UCAUGGUUCAGUCGCCUCCUCUUCCUUUUCUUUGACUCUUGGUUCGACUUAGUUCUCAAUUUCAAUUGCGCAUCACUUCUCACCUGCCCUUGUUCACCCAUAACAGCUUUCUAGUGUCGAGUGCGCGAAACCCGUCGUUUGCUUCUUUCGCGCUCCCUCAUCUUUCGAACUUCUUAUCACGAACACGCGCCAAACCUCAACCGUCGCCAUGACGGAGCCCGAGAACUUCGAGGAUGAUCUCUUCGCCGACCUCUACGAUGACAACGAUGCCGCAAAGCCAGGGUCUGCUCCCGCCGCAGCAGCCCCCCCUGCCCCAGAAGUUCAGCCUCCUGCUAACAUUCACAACAACAACAAUGAUGAGCAUAACGGGAUGCAACAACAUCAAGAAACAGGGGAUGAUGAACACAUGACUCAAGAUCAAGAUGACGACGAUGAUGAUGUCGAUUUUAAUCUCGGUGGAGGAGGAUACGGCGGAUCCGGUCACACAGGCCAGGCUGAUAUGCAUGACGAUGCUCCAACACCUCCAUACGGAACUGUACACAAGGCGAGUGCCAAAGAAGAUGGUAAAAUGUUCAUCGGCGGUCUCAACUGGGAAACCACCGACCAAUCGUUGCGGGAUUACUUCUCACAGUUUGGUGAAGUCGUUGAAUGCACAGUCAUGAGAGACAGCAGUACCGGUCGGUCGCGAGGAUUUGGUUUCCUGACUUUUAAGGACGCCAAGACAGUCAAUAUCGUCAUGGUCAAGGAACAUUUCCUUGAUGGCAAGAUCAUCGACCCCAAACGUGCCAUUCCCCGAGACGAACAAGAGAAGACUAGUAAGAUCUUCGUCGGAGGUGUCAGCCAGGAAACCACGGAUCAAGAAUUCAAGGAAUACUUUGCACAGUUCGGCCGCGUUGUAGAUGCGACUCUCAUGAUGGACAAAGAUACCGGCCGUCCACGAGGAUUUGGGUUCGUGACGUUUGAAAACGAAGCCGGCGUUGAUGCCUGUAUCAACGUGCCACUAGAAAUUCACGGAAAACCCAUCGAGGUCAAGAAGGCCCAGCCUAGGGGUAACCUUCGAGAAGAGGAAGAGGCAUCACGACGCGGCAAGUUCAGAAAGGACGGCGACCAGUCAAGCCAGGGCUCCAUGGGCCAACAGAUGGGCAACAACGGCAUGACACCCCAAGUCAUGGCCCAAUACUUUCAACGUAUGCAACAGUACUUCGCUAUGAUGCAGUCACAAAUGGCCAUGAGCCGAGGAAUGCCCAUGAACCCAGCCAUGUGGCAGAACAUGAUGCAGAUGCAACAGAUGCAACAACAGAUGAUGGGUCGAGGAGGCGGUGGUGCCAAUGCUCAGAACAUGAUGCAGAACAUGAACCCACAGAUGAUGCAGCAGAUGCAGCAAAUGCAGCAACAGAUGAUGCAACAGCAGGGCCAGCAAGGUGGUCAAGAUGCUGCUUCCGGUAGUGCUAGUCCCACUGCCUCUGCCAGCGGCGGCGGUGGUCGAGGAUAUGACAACAACAACAACUAUAAUCAAUACCAACAAGCUCAAGGAGGUCGUCGUGGAGGCCGUGGAGGCUACGGCGGUCAUGGAGGACAUGGAGGAUAUGGUAUGGGUGGAGGAGGCGGAGCCCCUACUUCAUGGGAGGGCAUGUAUGACGAUGUUCCUCAGCCAAACUCCAACCAAGGCUCAGGUGGCUUUAACCGUGCUGGCAGUGCCAGUGCGAACUCUGACCCGCAACAUGCACCACCCGCCAAUGCGCCUACGGGGCCCAAAAACGCCGGUAAACCUGGAGCUAAUUAUCGUGGUGGAGGACGGGGUGGAAACCGCGGCUUUCACCCUUACUCACGAUAAAGACUUCCCACCAGAAUUUGUCAGUAGCAAGGAGGGUUUGGAAGACUUUGGAACGCCGCCAGAAUUCCGGCGAAGUGAUGGGAAGGAGGACGGUGUCAACCAUGUAUAAUAAUGCGGAACGGUUGUUCAUUCCGCAUAUAUUUUCUUUUUUCUUUUUCAGUAUUUUGGUUUGAUUGGGCGGCUUUCCAAUGCUUUUGUUCAUCAAGAUGCAGCCAGGUUCGGCUGAUACAAGGGGCCCAAACAAGGGGGUGGUCGGUCUUGCGAGGGCACUGCAAUAAUUAGAAAUCAAAUAAGCCCAAAAUUGGUCUAUUGAGUCA